AUGCCUGCAGGAGCGCCUCUGCCUGCACCCCCGCCUGCUUCCAAUCUUGCAUCUACUACUCCUGCUCCAGUUUACGGAACUGUGGCCACUGGCCACAUGUACAAUACAAGAAGUCGCCAAGGAACUCAAGAGGACAUCUCGGCACACCUUUCCUCAGCGGCUAAGGGCGAAUUACCCAGGCGUAAUGCUAGGUCUACCAGGAACAAUGCGACGGAAAGACCUAAGCCACCUCCUGCAAAACCAACAGUAAAAGAGAAGAAGCAGCCUGUCAAACCUGCAGCCCAAAUUUACCGUUUUAUGGCCCAUGAAAUGCCCAAGGAUAAAGGUGGCCUACGGGACGCGAUGAAUUUGCACAUUAGGAUUCUUUGGGGAUUGGAAAACGCAAAACAAACCCCCGCCCCCCCUGCUCCGGAGCUCCUGAAUUCAUUCUACAGCCGGUUCUCUACUGAAGCGCAGCUAAUGGGAGCUAUAACUCAGGAGUCGGCUCCACGCCUUGUUCCAACACACUUGGUUCAGAUUGGCCUUGCAAUGUCUGCCUCUAAAGGGCGUACCGCAAGACAGGCCCGCUUGGUUGAAGAACAUAUGCUUAGUUACAUGCAGGCCUGUUUGUCUAGGGUUGGGCUAGUUCGCUGGUGCCCUGACCUUCGACAAACACCCUAUUCCCUUUAUAAUUCUGCAUGCCGCAUCAUUGCUUUGAACACUUUUCGCCAGGCUCUGGUCUCUCACACAUAUAUUCACCUGGGCCCCAAUCUUGCCUAUGCAACCGAUGAAGGCCUUCUUAUCAAGAUGUUUGAUCAUUUUGUAUUCCAUGUGAUGCAAGAACGCUAUCAGAAGGAGCUCCGGAAUCCUGGAAGCGUCCUUCAGAAUCUCGAAAAUACUCCGCUGUACAAUAAUCGCAUUAGGUUGGCAAAAGCACGCCUUGACUUUCUGGUCCAGAAUGGCUAUCGCAAGCGCUACCGUGACCUCAUUAAUCCAAAAGCCACUUCAGAUGACGAGUAUGAUCCUGUGCAGAAAGUCUGGAUUAUUAGGCGUCGGCCUGAAAGGUCGCCAGCUGCUGAGGCUUUCAUUCGGAUGCUUGAUGUGCAGAGAGAGGCAUAUGCUAUAGCAAAAUCACCUUCUUCUUGGAAAGAACGCCGCCGUGUUGUCCCGAUUUCAGGGCAGCCUCUUACCGCCUUUCCAGCUAUACCACGCGGCAUGCCACUUGAUUACUUUUAUUCCGGAUUUUUUAAUAAUCUUCAACCCCGACUUCGAUAUGAUUGCGCGGUUCUUAAGCUCUCUCUGCUCCCGCUACCCUUAAUUCACCAUUCCUUUGAUUUCGAGCACCCUGAUGUGCGCCUCAGUGAUAGGGCAUUCAAUUUGAAGUACAAGGCCGUCUAUGAAGACUACCAUAUAAUACGCAAAGAGGACAUUGAGAACGACGCGGAUGAUGAGAGCGAGAGCGAGGAAGAGGGUGAGGGCACUGGUGAAAGCGAUGAAGACGAUAUGAGUGUCGACGAAGACGAAGAAGAUGACGACGACGACGACGACAAUGACGACGACAACGACAAUGACGAAGACGACGACAACAACAACGAAAACGAUGAAGACAAUGUCAAUGACAAUGGGGAAGGGGUUCCAUUAGAGAGGGUUUCUGUAACUUCUUCUCCUCUUUCUUCUGUACCUGCCACUCUUGUUUAA